CAGAGGGAUGCUGGGUGCUGUUCCCAGUCGGUGGUGGGGUGGCGCCCUGCUGAGGACGAGCAAAGAUGCCUGGGCCAUAUAAAGCAGAGCCCAUGCCCUCGGCUGAAGCCAGACUCCAGUGGUAGCGGUGGCAGUGCGGAGACUCAGGUGUCAGCCCAUGUGCGGGACUGCCGCUCAUAGCGGGACAGCGGGGCAGCUGCAGCGCGGCUCGGAGAGAGGCCCGGGGAGAGGCAAGCAGAGGAUCUAACAUCUGACUCACUCCAGAAUCAGCUAUGGCAGACGGCAGCCAUAUUGAUGAACUGAUGGAACUGACAGCCCAGAGCUUAAGCUACCUUGAGAUCAAUGAGCAUUUCAACAUCAUCAAAGAAAUUGGCCGUGGAAAAUAUGGGAAAGUGUUGCUGGUUACUCAUCGCUGCAAGGGUACCCCAAUGGCCCUGAAAGUCAUGCCAAAGACCUCUACCAAGCUGCAAGGCUUUCUGCGAGAAUACUGCAUCUCACUGCAGCUGUCCUGCCACCCCUGCAUCGUAGGGCUCUUCGGAAUCGCCUUCCAGUCCGCAGAGCACUAUGGAUUUGCACAAGAGCUGGUGAUAGGGAGGGACCUGUUUGCUGUGAUUCAACCGCGGGUGGGCAUCCCAGAGGGGGCCGUGAAGCGCUGUGUGCUGCAGGUAGCCAGUGCCCUGGAGUUCAUCCACGAGCACGGCCUGGUGCACCGCGACAUCAAGCCCGAGAACAUCCUGCUGUCGGAUCGCCACUGCUGCCGGGUCAAGCUGGCCGACUUCGGUCUAUCCCAGAAGAGGGGAACUCUGAUCAGCUUCAUCUCGGGCACCUUACCCUACAUGGCCCCAGAGCUGUGUGCGAUGGCCUUGGAAGCUGGGCAGAAGGCUUCCAGAGCUGCCCCGCUGAGUGUAGAGCCAAGCCUCGACACCUGGGCCUUUGGUGUGCUCAUCUUCUGUAUCCUCACAGGCUUUUUUCCAUGGGAGCACUGCACCGCAUCUGAUGACUUUUACCAGGAGUUCGCUGAUUGGUGCCAAGAACCCACGGGAGCCAAAGUACCAUCUCAGUGGAAGAGAUUCACACCAACCUCAAUGGAAAUGUUCAGCAGGCUGCUGGCGCUAGAUGCUAAGAAAAGGUGUAAGGUGGCUGAGGUGAGAGCCUAUUUGAAUGAAGACUGGGUGAGGACAGUACCCCCUGGUGGACGGGUAGUAGAUCAUGCCAAGGUCAAGGCUGGGUCCACCCUCAGUGUGUCCAGGAGCAGCCCUGUAACGGUAGAGGUGGAAUAAAGAUUAUCAGUCUUGAUGACUAAUUAUUUGGUAAUUAAGCUUAAUUAUUAGUUUUUAGUUGUAAUAAAAGAAGUUCAUACAUCAAAGUAUAUAAAAAAUAUUUUUGUAAUGUAUAGUAUUAAUACCACUAGAUGUGGCUUCCUGUUUAGAGAGUGUAUUGCAAUUUAGAAAUUAUAUUUCUGUUAUCUUUAACAUACACCAAUCAGGCAUAACAUUAAAACCACAAGCCUAAUAUUGUGUAGAUCCCCCUCAUGCCACCAAAACAGCUCUGACCCAUGGAGGCAUGGACUCCACCAGACCUCUGAAGGCAUCUGACACCAAGACAUUAGCAGCACAUCUGUUAAGUCCUGAAAGUUGUGAGGUGGGGUCUCCAUGGAUCAGACUUGUUUGUUCAGCACAUUCCACAGAUGCUCGAUCAGACUGAGAUGUGGGGAAAUUGGAGACCAAGUCAACACCUUGAACUUUUUUUUCCUCAAACCAUUCAUGAAAAAUUUUUGCAGUGUGACAGGGCAGAUUAUCCUGCUGAAAGAGGCCACUGCAGUCAGGGAAUACUGUUGUCAUGUGCUUGGUGUGCAACAAUGACUAGGUAGGUGGUACCUAUCAAAGUAACAUCCACAUGAAUGUCAGGACCCAAGGUUUCUCAGCAAAACAAGCCCUCCAGCUUGCCUUCUUCCCAUAGUGCAUCCUGGUGCCAUCUCUUCCCCAAGUAAAUGAUGCACACCUGGCUGUCCACAUGAUGUGGACAUAAAUGUGACUCAUCAGACAAGGCCAUCUUCUUCCAUUGCUCCAUGGUCCAGUUCUGAUGUCCAGCAAGCAAGCAGUGAUGUAUUGUGUCUUCUGACACCUUUCUAUCAUAGCCAGCAUUAACUUUUUCAGCAAAUUGUGCUAUAGUAGUUCUCCUGUGGAAUGGGACCCAACAGGCUAGUCUUUGCUCCCUACACGUAUCAAUGAGCCUUGGGUGCCCAUGACCUUAUUACUGGUUCACCAGUUGGCCAUCCUUGGACCACUUUUGGUAGGUACUGACCACUGUAUACCAGAAACACCCCACAAGACCUGCAGUUUUGGAGAUGCUCUGACCCAGUCGUCUGGCCAUCACAAUUUGGCUUUUGUCAGUCACUCAGAUUCUUACACUUGCCCAUUUUUCCCACUUCCAACACAUCAGUUUCAAAAACUGACUGUUCACUUUCCCAAAAUAUAAUGGCUCCCUUGACUAGUGUCAUUUAUUUUCUUCACCUGUCAGUGGUUUUAAUGUUAUGGCUGAUCAGUGCAAAACAUUUUGUUUAAUAAUACUCAUUGUAACCAUUGUAAAAUUGUCAAUAAA